GAGUAAACACCGAAGCCUCGGGCGAAGGGGUAUCUUGCCCGAACCACUCGUCUUCCGGCCUGAAAGCCCUAACCAUGUCCCUUGCCUGUGUCACGAUGCCGCGAGGCACUGCACUCGCAGCGGUGUUCACUCAGCACGGAGCUGCUUCCAUACCGCGGGUUGCGAUCCAGCCAUGUCGUCAUUCCGUUGCCCAACGCAUCGUGCCUGGGGCACGCUUCUUCGCGAAUCUGACACCCACGUUGCCAUCUCGUAAUCAAAUUGAGGCAGUCCCCAUGAACACAUGCGACGUAUUCCCCUAUUAG